AUGGCAAAUUCUAAAGAUGAACCAGCUGUUCUUGCCCACCAAUGCUACUUGAAAAAGGACUAUACUGGGGCUUUACAACAUUUAAAUGAAUUGGAAGGUUUGGUAUGUAACAACAGUACCUUAUUGAAACGAGUGCAACACAACAAAGCAGUUGUUGAAUUUGAGGCCAGUGAGAUGAAAAACAUCGAAAAUUUUAAAAAGUCGAUCAUGCAAUACACAGGAUUUACAUUUCCAGAGGCGGAAGUGAAAGAUUUGAGUAUGCCAUGCUUACUGUAUAACUAUGCUGUUAUUCUUUAUCACUCAAGGUAUUACUAUCAAUGUACUGUUGUAUUAGAAAAACUAUUAACUUGUAAAAAUAUUAAAGAUAUAAAACUACUUCAUAGAAUUGUACUACUUUUAUUAGAAGCAACUUUAUGCAGACGGACAUAUGAUAAAGCCAUGGAAAUUGCAAAAAUUCAUGGAGAAGCUCUUAAAACAAAUAAUGAAUUUAGUGAUUUGUAUGAAAGACUUGUAACUAGGGCACAAUUAUAUCUUGGACAAAGUGUUAAGCUUAAACCAGACUCGAUUGAAAACAUUUUUCUUAUAGCCCACCAGAAAUAUAUAAAUGGUGACAUUAUUGAUGCUGCUAACACUCUGGGGCAAUAUAAAACUUUAAAGUUCAAUUAUGAUCUGAAAACUCAAGGAGAAGAUAUUUGGGCAGCAAUUAACAAUAAUCUUGGAGCCAUAUAUUUAUCUAUUAAAAAACCUUUUUUGGCAUCAAAAUAUUUCCAACAUGCUGUAAAAGAACAUUUUAGAGCAAUGGAGAGUGAAGACAGUGAAAUGUUAAUAGCAUGUAAAGAUCGACCACUUUAUGUUUACAAUUUAGGUUUGGCAUUAUUGGCUGCUAAUAACUCUGAAGGAGCAUUUGAAUGUUUGGUAGAAGCUGCUCGCCACUAUCCAAACAACCCACGCAUUUGGCUAAGAUUAGCCGAGUGUUGUGUUAAAAAAUGCUGCAGUGGUGAAGCACAACAGUUUACAGUCAAAAAGCUAGGUAGUGGACCACACACAAGAAUAUUACUAUCUAAAGACAAUAAAGAAAAAUAUUCAACAUCUGGUGAAUCAUUUGCAAUACCCUCACUAUCUUUAGAAUUUGCAGCACUUUGUUUAAGAAAUGCAAUAACUUUAAUUCCCGAUCAAGAAACUGUAACAGAGACAGCUACAAUUGUAAUUCAAGCUCCACCAGGGCCUCCUAUAAACUGGAAACAAAGAUGUGACUUGAAGAACUCCAUUUUGGUUUUACAAAGUUAUAUAUUCCUUCAUUUGCAAGAUCCUUUAUCUGCACUCAUGUCUGCAAAUGAGUUACUCAGUCAACCUGAUGCUACUAAUGACCAGAAGGCAUGGGCACAUAUCUAUGCAGCCGAAGCUCUGAUAAAUCUAGACAAAAUUGUUGAUGCGGUGGAUCACUUACAUCCUCCAAUGAUUCACGAUUUAGUCUCAGGCCUUCCAUAUCAAAUGCGAGACAUGAUUGCUGUCUGCGUGUGGGCUAAAGCAGCUGUAUGUCAUAUAUUGAGAGGGGAUCUGAUCACAGCUAGAAAGAUUAUGCUUCAAAUUAAUUCACCGAGAGUUUUACCGUUACAAAUGUACUUGGAAAUUUGUACAGGUGUUAAAACUUUUUACGGUAAUAAUAUGAUCAGUCAUCUUGGCCUUCGUGAAGCACCCAGAGUGGAUUGGUGUAAGAGCUUGCGAUGGCGCGUUCCUCCAUCACCUGAUGUAGUGGCACUUGUGUCUUUCCCAGGCAGCGGGAAUACUUGGCUUAGAUAUCUUUUGCAACAGGUGACAGGGAUAGUAACUGGUUCUAUAUACAUGGAUUAUGGUCUUCGCAAUCAUGGAUUUCCUGCAGAAAAUGUAACAGAUGGCUCUGUAUUAGUAGUUAAAACCCAUGAGGCUCCACCUCUUGAGCCCGAUAAAUUCAAAUCUGCUAUUUUACUUAUAAGGAACCCUAGAGAUGCUAUAUUGUGUUCUGUGUUGCCGCUUUUAACACUAUGCUUCUGCGCAGACUUUAAUAGACUUCACAAGGGUCAUAUUGGAACAGCGCCGAAAUCAGCAUUUAAACAUUCUCAAAAAUUAAAAAAUGUUGAUUGGCCUACAUAUGUGACCAACCAGCUCACAAUGUGGGAGUCGCUGCACAGGCUCUGGCUGCAUAAGUUUCUCGGUCCCAUACAUAUAGUUUUCUAUGAAAUGUUAGUGCGUGACACACGGGAGACUUUACGAGGGAUAUUGAAUUUUCUCAAUUAUACCGUGAGUGAGGAAGAUAUGAACUGCGCGAUAGAGAACCGCGAAGGAAUUUACAGGAGAAUAAAAAAAUAUCCCAAUUUUGAUCCAUUCACGCCAGAAAUGUAUCUGACCAUAAACAAAGCUCGUUAUAGAGUGCUCCAGUUGGUGUCUCACAUGAAAAGACACAAUUUCACAUCGCAUAAC